GUUAGAUUUAGAUACUGCCUUGUGACAUCUGAUGCUUAUUUGGAAGAUUCCUUACCAUAGAAAGAGCCGUGGUUUGAGAUACACUAGAAAAGCCACUUCAAGAGUUUUAUAUGUGAUCCAGUGCUGGGAAACAGUAGAAUAAUCAACAAGUCACAUGGUGUAGCAGACUUUGAGAACUUUCCAUUUUUUUUAAUUUGUGAACAUCUAUUGUUUCUCACUGCUCAGUGAUGUUUACUUUGGUUUUAUGACUUAAGUAAUUGAAGAGUGCAAUCGAUCAAUAUCUGAUCUGAACACGUGACUGGCCGACCUCGAACCGUAUUGUUUUAGUUGAGGUCAUAUCUAGCAUUCAGAGUUUGUCUCGAUUUGGUACCGCUCUUGCAGCCCGCACCGAAACAGCGCUUUACCCCUUGAUGUCCAGUCAACUGCUGUGCCUCAACGCAUUUCGGGGAGAACCAGCUAGCUCUGGGUUCAAGUGGCAUUUCGUCCCAUCUGCAAUCACUUGAAGAAAUUUUUUCUUUUUCGUGUUGAACCUGAGUAUAUGACAUUUAAAUGACUAUCGAUGAUGAAGGUUCUCUGGUUCGCGUGGAGAAAUUCUUGACUCAAAAAUGUGUUGUGAUUUGUUUCUCCAUGGAUGCCGAUCAAUAACGAUCAAUCAUAAUAGGCGUUCCAUUGUAACAAAAUCAAUCAUAACUAAGGUAGCAUUGUUGGGUGUUGCUGGUUUAUGGGACUCAGUUAUAUCUCAUUGCUGCUUUUAGAUAUGUUAUGUGGAUAGAAUUGCUUGGGUGCUGCCUUCCCAUAAACAAUUAACCAGUUAAAGUAAAGUCGAGUCACUUGCAGAAGUUCCAGUUUUAAAGCCUGUUUGAUGACAAUCUUGUCACACAUCUUCGUAUGUGGGAAUAUUUAGGCUACAAAAUCAUCACGACUUGUUUCCAAGGAGCCUCAGGGGCUGCUAAUGAAGUAUCUGAAGUUUUGGUGGAAAUUCUGUUGAAGAUUAUGCUUUGCCAGAGUUUCCUUCUUCAUGGUAAAGACCAGGUUAGCACUCAUCGGCUGCAGUAAGUUUAUGUGAUUCUUAGUGUUUGAAAGCUGGUGCUUGUAGUGGUUGGCUGUUAGUUAUAAGAACUAGUUAAUGAUUAAAGUUUUAGUGAAUUCAGGUUUGCUUUAGCCCUGCUAGAAUGCUAUGUAUUUUUAAUCUGGAGGAUGGGUACUUUUCAUCACCCUCAGUUUAUCUUUAAAGUGUGUUCUCUCCAAGGUGCAGUCACUUAAUUGAUAAUAGGAUGGCAUGGAUAUCAAGAGUUAGCGCAUGAUAUUAGUUGCCUACAGUUUGGAAGUGGGUGGUUUUGUUUCUGCUGAUUUAAUCUAUAUUUCGGCACAUAGAUAUGUUUGAUGAAGGUGCUUAUGGGUCAGGUUUGUUGUCUUGAUUUUUUCAGUUCUGCAUAUAUGACUACAUGGCCUAAGCUGUCAUUUCAUGAACGCAUUUUUGGAUGAUUUUUGUGGCUACUGUGCCGACUGAUCUGAUUAAUGCCAGAAGUUGCAGCCGAAAGAUGGAGAAAUAUUGGGCAUAAUCCUUGAAAUUAGUAAGAGCGUGAUGAUAGCUGAAGUUAUUUAUAUAUCAUGCAAUCAUUGAUCUGGAUUAUAGUUAAGUAUAUUUUUGGAAGGGAAAUUAUUGCCUAGGAGCUCAGAGAAAGGUAGCGAAGUCUCCAUGAAGAUUUUUCCCAGCCCGAUGCCGCCUUUUUGACUUUAUUCAUUUACCCGCAUUGGUUCUUAACUGUAGAUUGGCCACAUUUCCUGAUAUUUUACAGUGUUUUUUUCGGGCAAGUUCUUGUUUGAGAGUUAAUGGCUAAUUGGCAAGGACAUUACUAAAAUGAAUUAAAAUAUAAUCACUGAAAAUCAGACCGAGUGGCAUGCUGUAGUUAUUCCAGAGGGAUUAGAUACGUAUCAGAGCAAGGUUGCAUCUGUUUUAUGCCUUGGAUUGUGUGGAAAAUUGAAGCCAGAGGUAACUUACAUGUCAGAUGUAUAAUUUUGUUUCCAGUGAGAUUAAAUCAGUGGAUGGUUGCAUCUGUCUUCUGUUGAUACUGAUAUUGGAUUGUGUUGAAAAUUGAGGCCAGAGGUAAACUUAAUAUGUCAGCUGAUGUAUUUCUGCAGUUUUGCUGAUUCUUCAUUUCGAAUCAUGAUGGAAAGAGACACUGGCCGUCCUCGUGGAUUUGGGUUUUUGACCUUUGCAGAUCGCCGUGGAAUGGAAGAUGCAAUCAGGGAAAUGCACGGAAGGGAGUUUGGGGAUCGUACUAUUUCAGUGAACAAGGCCCAACCAAAAAUGGGGGGUGAUGAUCCAGGCCAUGGGUAUGGUGGGGGUUAUUCAUCAGGUGGCAGGGGUAGCUAUGGGGGUGGAGAUAGGUCCGUUGGGCAAGAUGACUGCUUCAAGUGUGGGCGCCCAGGGCACUGGGCCCGUGAUUGCCCUUCAGCAGGUGGUGGCCGAGGUGGUGGGGAUUUCUCUUCUCGUUCCAGGUUUGGUGGGGGUGGUGGUCGUGGGGAUCGCUUUGGGGAUCGUGAUCGGUACACAGAUGAUAGGUAUGAUGGGGGUCGUUAUGGUGAUAGGGAUCGUUAUGACAGCAGAGAUGACAAAUAUGGGAGUCGUGACCGCUAUGCUAAUGACAGGUAUCCGCCUAGUGGAGAUCGCUUUGGAGGUGACAGGUAUGGGGGUUCAGACCGGUACCCUCAAAAUGGUUAUGGCAAAGAGAGAGGAGGCUAUGAUAGGGAUGGAGGCCCAAGAGGGGGUGGGGACAGGUAUGUAGGUGGAGGUGGAGGACCAUCACGCUACGAGGGAAGAAACUACAGGGACCGGGCAGGUCCUUAUGACCGCCCUAGGAGGGGAGGUCGUCCAUCUUCCUACGAUCGCUACUGAAGUUUUAUUUUUGUUUGCAAUCUCACGAACCUUGGAUGUUUGUAGAUACACUACUAGUAUUUGGUAUUUUUAGCUACAUUUCAAUUAUAGGAUGUUGCACUUGGAUUCAUGUUUACACUGCACUUGAGUUUUUAUUUUAUGUUGGUGUUAUCUGCUUCACAGCCUUCA